ACCGUUUCCGUCAGUGAACCGGACAAUGUUGUAAAAGCCAUAUUAUCAACACGUAAAAAACAUGAAAAGAAACGUAGGGAAUUCCUCGUCAGGAAUCUCUGAUGACGCCAGUUGUUCCUAAUCCAUUUGUGCACCAGAUCGACCUCACAAAUAUGGACAAGAUCAGGAUAGCACUGAUGUCUGUGUUCGUAGUCCCAUUCCGCCUGAUUUUCUGUGCCAUUUUCCUUGUGUCUGGCUUCGCAUUAGCAAAAAUAGCCCUGGCAUUCAGGACCCCAGAGGAGAAACAGAAACCUCUUUGUGGAUGGAGAAACUUGUUACGACCACUGGUUGUUCUGAUGUGCAGAGGAUUAUUCCUGGCUGGUGGAUUUCACUGGGUAACAAUUAAGGGGAAGAGAGUGUGUGCUGAGGAAGCACCUAUACUUACCCUUGUUCCACACUCGACCUACUUUGAUGCUCUACCUGUUGUAGCCUUGGAACUCACUACCAUUGUUGCAAAGUCUCAAGCUGAAAAAGUGCCAUUAUUUGGAACUCUCAUGGAGUUCACACAACCAGUCUAUGUGAAUCGUGAGGACCCUAACUCUCGACAGAACACGAUCAAAGAGAUCAAUCGCCGGGCCAUGUCGGGAGGCCAGUGGCCUCAGAUCAUUAUUUUCCCAGAGGGCACCUGCACAAACAGAAAGGCUGUCAUCAAUUUCAAGUCAGGUGCUUUUUACCCCUGUAUGCCUGUUCAGCCUGUUUGUAUACGCUAUCCAAAUAAAAUGGACACAUAUACAUGGACAUGGGAAGGACCUGGGGCGUUUGCCUGCUUUUGGCUGACACUAUGCAACUUCCACAAUUCCAUGGAAAUAGAGUUUUUACCUGUUGUUGUUCCAAAAGAGGGAGAAAAAGAUAAUGUUAAACUGUUUGCUGAGAGGGUGCGAAGCAUUAUGGCAGAAUCAUUAGGGGUACCAACGACUGAUCACUCAUUUGAUGAUUGUCGACUAAUGAAGCAGGCAGGCAAACUAAAGAUGCCAUUGUCGACUGGACUUGUAGAGUUCUCUAAACUUCAUAAUAAACUCGGGGUAAAGCUUGAAGAUUUACAGUCAAUGUUAGAAAGAUAUUCAUCUAUAGCACCAAAUAAGACAGGGGUGAUAACUCUAGAUGAAUUUGCUUGCUACCUGCGUCUGCCAAAGUCUGAGGCUCUGGAACAAGUGUUUGCCCUUUAUGACAGGAACAGUUCUGGAAUGAUAGAUUUUCGGGAGUAUGUCAUAGGACUGUCUCUGGUGUCGUCUCCUGCAAACACAGAAGAAACCAUCAAGCUGGCCUUCCAGUUGUUUGAUCAAGAAAACAAAGGUUAUAUCAGUCGGGAAGAUCUCACAGGGAUCCUACAAAAUGCAUUUGGAAUGGAAGACGUGGAUGAGUUGUUUGAACGGGUGGACACAAAGAACGACGAGAAAAUCACUUAUGAUGAAUUCAAGGCAUAUGCAGAAUUACAUCCUGAAUAUGCGAAAUUAUUUACAACGUACAGAGAUGCAAAAACAGCACCUACAAAUGGAAAUGUGGCUCACACUAAAUCAGAGUAGUGGAUUAUCAGUAGUAGAGAUUUGUUCUUUUACUUGGCAGGUGGUUUUAUUAUUUGAGAUACACAUUUCUGCUGUCAGUCAAUGACAAAUAUGUAACGUCCAUUCCAUUUCAUGAAAAAAGGGCUCAUCAUUGGCUAACACAAAUUAUAAUGAGAUGUAUGAUUAUGAUUUAACAUUUUAAGUUUUCUGUAUUUUCAUAAACAUACAAUGCUGGGUCAUUAGUAAUGGGUUAGUCAUGAGUUUUUAUAAACCAAUUUUUUAAUUCCAGAAAAAAAAACGAAUUCAAAGAAAAAAUAUCAUAUCAAACAAAAUAGUUAUUUUUUUUAAGGAAAGGAAGUUAUGUAUUGUAUUUGUUGUUAAACUAAAGCUGUAUGCUACCUUAGACCUUAUACAGAUAACUAUGAGUUAUCUCCCUUACGUAGUGUAAUUGAUAAGAAUUAAGUGUAUCUUCACAUUUAUUCUGGUGUUACUUUCUGUUUAUUUUUAUUUGUAAAAGAUAUUAGACCGAAUCAUUGGAACUCUUUUUUGAAAAGAGGUAGUGGAGUGAGGUAGCACAUACAUCCUGAAAAACAUUGAAACUUUCUCAAUCAUUUAUAAUAUUUUGAUUUUAUUACGUAAUUGUUCUGACAUUUCAAAACCUUCAAUUGAACAUUGUUUUUGUUUUCUGUUUUUGAUUUACUCAAUUUUAAGAUCGAAAUUUUAAAAAUAUAUUCCUUUCACUUUAGUGUGAUAGGCCAGUCCGUUGGAUGUUCAGUAAAUAAUGUGAUAUUUUUCUACAACCGUGAAAAUACCAAAUCUGUCUCAUUACAAAACAGACAUUGGUGCCAAAACAGUAUAUUUCUUCCUACUUUAUACAACAUUCACUUUUUCACGAAUGUUUAUUUUGUAAUGUGAUAAGAAAACUGUAUUUUCUAUCCAAGUUUCUUGCAGCAAAUAUCCGAGAUUAUUGAUAAAUUUUGAUGUGUGCAAGGCACUUUUUUUAGUUGUAUGACAAUGUUUAUGGGUGCUUGUUUGAGUGACAGUAUUGGAAUAUCAUAUUAUAUCUGAUUUCUUUGGACAAAGAUCAUCUUCAACUUGUGAGUACUGAACAAGCUUUAUAUUAUUUAAAUUAAUGUUUAGGAAAAUGUAUGUCCAGAUCCAAGAAAAAUGCCUCAAUUUUUGGGAAAUUCAGAUUUCUUUAAAAGAAAAUAUGAACAACUGAAGUAAAACCAAAUGGUGAAUUUAUUGAACUAAAAAAUGUAAAAGAAAUAUUCAAUGUAAGGUCACAGAUAAGUGUUUUCUUGACAUAAAGGCAAAAAACAGAAGAAGAAAAAAAAGGGGAAAAAAAGUAAUUUAUUGCUAAAUAUAUGUGAUCAAUGUUUGUAAGGUGAUCUGGUACAGAGAGCUCAAAAUGAAUGUGUAUGUCAUGAGAUAGAGAGUUGCGAGAUUUUAAUAAAAGGAAGCUUGCACCAAAUGGAGUAUGCUUGGUUUUAGGUUUUGAGUAAUUACGCUGCCUUAAUAUCGUAUGUAUGUGCACAAAGGAGUGUGUGAUGUUUUUAUAUCAGAAAUGCUUGGUUCUUAACUUUCAUAUUAUUGGCAAAGAAAAAAGAUCUUUUUAUAUGAAGUGAAAUACAUUCUGUAUGUUUGUAUUGUUUCUGGCAGGAAUAAUUGAGUGUUGUGUGGUACUGAUUUCUGUAUGGCAGUCCAAGCUCUGUUUCAUGGUACCGGUAAUGUAUGAUAGUUUUAGCUGUUUAUGUUAAAUCGUGUAGUCCAAAAUUCACAAUGGAGGCUCAAACUGCAAAUUUGAGCUCAUGAAGUUUUGAAAGAUGGCGUUGUUACCUGUUGUGCUCCUGCUGGAGUUUAAUCAUCAGUUUUGUGCUCAUUGAGUGUUUCAACCGCAGAUUUUUCUAGGGUCUUUUUCAUAAUAUAAACUGUGAUUUUCAAAUGGAGGCUCAAACAUCACAUUUGAGCUCAUGAAUUUUGUCAGUCAAUCGGUGAAAUAUUAUUGAGAAAUGACUAAAAGUCGUCUGGUUUUCAUAUUAAUGUCUGCUAUCUGUCUCACAGACUGCUUAGGUAUCCUCAAAUAUAUCGGGGUCCAAAUAGUUAUCAAACAGUCAAAAUACUUUUUAUAUUACCUUAAAAUAUACAGAUAAUGUAAGUACUAUUAAACCAGACUGAGAAAAUAACAUAUAGCCAAAUGAUUAAACGCUAGAAUUAGUUCGUUAACUAUAAUUUAGUUAUUCACAUAUCUUUAUGCAAAGCAAAUAAUGGUUUUCUCAUGCUGCUUUCAGCUUUAUUUAUUUAAGAAUUUGUUGUUGCGAAUUCAAGAUGAAGCAAUGUUCAACUCGCCUCUGAGCUGACCGUCACUCUUUAAUGUUUGUGAUGUCACAGAUAAAGAUCUUCAAUGAAAACAAUAAUUAUAUUGCUCUAUCUAAUUGGAUACUGCAUGCCAUAUGUUCGUAAAUCUCAAAAAGAUUGAAGAAAUCUCCUACCAAAUAUACAAAAAUAUAUUAUACACAGUAUCCUCCUACUAAAUAUACAAAAAUAUAUUAUACACAGUAUCCUCCUACCAAAUAUACAAAAAUAUAUUAUACACAGUAUCCUCCUACCAAAUAUACAAAAAUAUAUUAUACACAGUAUCCUCCUACCAAAUAUACAAAAAUAUAUUAUACACAGUAUGAGGACACUUAAGAUACUGCCCAUGUUAUAUAUACAAAUUGAGUUUUAAUACAUAGUUUCUGAGGUUCACACUAGAGUAUAUAGAUAUGUGUCGGUAGUUUUCCUAUUUUGCUCAUUUUGUCCUUCUACAUGAAAACUUGUUGGCACUGUAAUCAGUUACAAUAAUGUAAGUAUAUAUUUAGUAAGGUGUUAGUAUCCAUUUUCAAGUUAAACAAUGGUGUUUAUAAUCUAAUUAAACAUGAGUUUUCAUUGUCUAAUAAAUAGUUUUUGGUGCUGGGUUAAAAUUAUUCACCAUUUCAGUGUUUAAAAUGAUAUUGUUUAAUUAAACACUUAUUAAGACUG